UGUUAACGGUUUAAUUAAACCAAAGAGCAGAAACACUAGACAGUGUUAAAGGGUUAACAUUUUUAUAGAAAAUUAAGCUUAAAGUUGCAUGCUUAUUUAUUUAUUCAACUUGUUGAGAAUCAGGAGCUUGCAAGUAUGAUGUACAAGUUAUUACGGCAAGUCACAAGCUCCGCCCCCUUCUAAUUCCCCCACUUUCAGAUAAAUAAAAGGCCUGAGCUGGCAUCUGGCCUAAAACUAGCUUCAAAAAUCCACUUUUGUUGCACUGUUAGGUGGCGAGGUGCUGUAAGCUAGCAGGGACGUACCUAAACAGAUGGAUGAUGGGAUGUGGGAGUUACUCAGUGCUAACACAGUCCCGCCCACAACUCAGAGGUGAAUUUCAAAUGAACUCCUGCCGCUCUGCAGAAACUAUAUCCUAAAAAAAUGACACCGUUUUUUUUUUUUAUUUUGGCUAAAAAAAAAAAAACACUGGGAACACUUCUACAAUAUAUCCAAAAUUGAUCAGAGAGGGUCUUUACGUCUUUUUAUAUUUAAAGGAAGUAAAUCAUAAGAAUAAAAAAGAUGGAAUAAAAGUUUAAAUAAGGUAAAAGAACAGUUAGAAACGUAGCAAUUAAGAUGUGCCACUUUUGUUUUAACUCCACGUUUGAAGACGAGGCAGCGGGGGAAGAACACAGAACCUUCUCCAUCUGGGCAGCAUUAUUCAGAUUCCUGAGUGUUAGAUAUUUGAUGAUGAUGGGUAGGAAAAGCGAGGGAAGCAAAAGAUGAGGGGUGGGAAGCCAGAGGCGGCUGCUGCUCCCUGAAGAGGGAAUGUGGCCUUCAUGACACUCCCCAGAAAUGCCAGAGCUGGAAGAAACACCACGAGAAAAGGUUUAAAAAAACAAACAAACUUAAGGUUAACGUUUAAAAUGAGAUGUGAGUAUUUUCGUCAGCACCAGAGGACCCUCACAGCCAGGCAGAGUUUUAGGCAAACGCUUCCAUAAAGUGAAUCUGUCUCAGCUUGUGGGAGAAAAGGGAGGGAAGCAAACAGAGAGGAAAAGUAUGUUUUGAGAGGUCAUCAUGUGAUUUCAGUUUUUUUUUCUUUUAAUAGCUGCGGAGUGGAGAUCUUAGCCAUUUUUUCCACAGACUAUCCGACUUCCCUCUCUUUAUUUCUUUUUUUCAACAGCAUACUUUGCCUUGACUGUUUUUCUUUUUUUUUCUUUUUCAUUUGGUGUGACGUGUAAGUGGAGUUCCUGCCCUUGUUUCAUUUAGUUUAGAGAGCAGGAGACGAGUGGAGAAGCCGUCAUUGACUCUGACCUGUUAUGGGUAAAAUGGAUUAAAGGUGUAAACAAGAGGAGCUGCGCUGGAUCUUUGCAGGCGAGUAGGAGGAAAGCCGAGGAGAAGCUGGAACAAAGUGACUUAGAGGAGACGAGACCAGUGGGCGAGUUCUGUUGCCCAUGGGCAAAGGUGGAUGAGGAGCUGCAGCCGAAAAGUCUGUCAAACACGGGAGGAGGAGGAGGAGCGCCAGCCUGAGGAGGAACCCCCACUUUUGCAUCCAAGCAGGAGGAACAGGACAGGAUGAGGUAUCAAGGAAGGGAAGUGGAGAUUGAAGGACGAGUGCGGCUGGUGAUGGAGAGCGCCCUGACUGCCCGUGACAGGGUGGGAGUGCAGGACUUUGUCCUGCUGGAAAACUACAACAGUGAGGCGGCCUUCAUUGAAAACCUGAGACGGCGCUUCAGAGAAAAUCUCAUCUACACAUACAUCGGCUCAGUGCUUGUGUCGAUGAACCCGUACAAAGAGCUGGAGAUUUACUCAAAGCAGCAGAUGGAGCGUUACAGAGGGGUCAGCUUCUACGAAAUAUCACCUCACAUCUAUGCCUUGUCAGACAAUACUUACCGAGCCAUGAAGACGGAGAGGAAGGACCAGUGCAUCCUCAUAUCAGGUGAGAGCGGGGCAGGUAAAACAGAGGCCUCCAAGAAGAUCCUCCUGUACUACGCUGUUACUUGCCCCACCACUGAGCAUGCUGCUGCCCUCGGUGACCGUCUCCUGCAGUCAAACCCAGUUCUGGAGGCUUUUGGUAACGCCAAGACAUUGAGGAACGACAACUCCAGUCGCUUUGGAAAAUACAUGGAUAUCCAGUUUGAUUUUAGGGGUGUUCCAGUGGGAGCUCACAUCCUAAACUACCUGCUGGAGAAAUCCCGUGUUGUGCACCAGAACCACGGCGAAAGAAACUUUCACAUUUUCUACCAACUUUUGGAUGGAGGGGACGAGGAGCUGCUGAAAACCCUGGAGCUGGAGAGAAACCCCCACAGCUACCGUUAUCUAGUCAAGGGGAACUGUCCAAAAGUCAGCUCCAUAAGUGACAAGAAUAACUGGAAAGUUGUGAUAAAGGCCCUUUCUGUGAUCGGCUUCACCACAGAGGAAGUGCAGAAACUUCUGAAUAUCAUCGCCAGCGUCCUCCAUCUGGGAAACGUUCUCUUUGGAGAAGGAGAAGAAGAAGAAACGUACAUUACCACUGAGACUCAACUAUCAACUCUGGCACUGCUGCUGGGUGUUGAUGGCUCAGCCCUCAGGGAGGCGCUCACUCACAGGAAACUCACCGCCAGAGGGGAGGAGAUGAUCAGCCCACUAAACUAUGAGCAGGCUGUGUCGGCCCGGGAUGCUUUGGCUAAAGCUGUGUACGGUCGAACCUUCACCUGGUUGGUGGAGAAGAUCAACCAAUCGUUGGCUUUGAAGGAUGAACUCUACCACAGCACCAGAGGCUCCUCAGUUAUUGGGCUUCUUGAUAUUUAUGGAUUUGAGGUUCUACAGCACAAUAGCUUUGAACAGUUCUGCAUCAACUUCUGCAACGAGAAGCUCCAGCAGCUGUUCAUCGAGCUCACCCUGCGGUCUGAGCAGGAGGAGUAUGAGACGGAAGGAAUCGCGUGGGAGACGGUGAAAUACUUUGACAACAAGAUCAUUUGCGAUCUGAUCGAGGAGAAACACAAAGGCAUCAUCUCUAUUCUAGACGAGGAGUGCCUGAGACCCGGUGAGGCUUGCGAUCUCUCCUUUUUGGAGAAACUGGAGGACUCGUUGGGCUGCCAUCCCCACUUCAUCACGCACAAAUUAGCCAAUGGAAAAACCCGGCGAGUAAUGAGCAGAGAGGAGUUCCGGCUGCUGCAUUAUGCAGGAGAAGUCAACUAUAAUGUCAGUGGUUUUCUUGAUAAGAACAACGAUUCUCUGAACAGGAACCUGAAAGAGGUCAUGUGCCAGUCAGACAACCAGAUCCUGAGUCACUGCUUCCGCAGAGAGGAAGUGAUCGAUCAGAAACGUCCAGAGAUGGCUGCCACACAGUUUAAAAAUAGUCUGACAAAACUCAUGGAGAUCCUAAUGUCUAAAGAGCCAUCAUAUGUGCGUUGUAUCAAACCCAAUGAUGCCAAGCAACCAGGACGUUUCGAUGAAGUUCUGGUCCGACACCAGGUCAAGUACUUAGGCCUGAUGGAAAACCUGAGAGUCAGGAGAGCCGGCUUUGCUUACCGCCGGCACUUUGAAGCCUUCUUGCAGAGGUACAAGCCCCUGUGUCCUGAGACGUGGCCCAACUGGCAAGGAAGACUUGUGGAUGGAGUUUCUGCACUGGUUAACCAUCUAGGCUACAAACCAGAGGAGUACAAACUGGGCAGAUCAAAAAUCUUCAUCCGUUUCCCUAAAACACUCUUCACCACAGAGGAUGCACUCGAGGCCAAAAAGCCAGAGAUUGCGGUCACCAUGCAGAAAUCAUGGAGAGGCUACAGAGAGAGAUCCAAGUACCAGCGCAUCAGACAUGCAGUGAUUGUGAUCCAGUCUGCAUGGCGAGGGAUGAAAGCACGCAGGCGGGCUAAGCAGCGGCGAGAGGCUGCAGAGUUGAUACGCAGGUUCAUAAAAGGCUUCAUCUAUCGUCAUGAGGAAUAUUGCCCGGAGAAUGAGUACUUCCACGAUCAUGUGCGCUACUCUUUCCUCAAAAAUCUGAGGAAAAACCUGCCAGUGAGCGUUUUAGACAAAAGCUGGCCAAAACCUCCUCCAUCUCUCGUUGAGGCCUCAGAGCACCUGCAGAGGCUGCACAUGCGCAACAUGGUUGCAAAGUAUUGUAGGAGAAUCCAGCCUGAGUGGAAGAAGCAGAUGAUGCAGAAGCUUAUAGCCAGUGAGAUCUUCAAAGACCAGAAAGAGAUUUACCCCCAGAGUGUUGGGCGGCUGUUCUUGGACUCCAGGCUUGAACGUGAACAAAUCAGUCUGAAGGUUCUCCAGACUCUUGGCAGUGAAAAAGUGCAGUAUGGCGUUUCAGUGAUCAAGUAUGACAGGAGGGGAUUCAAGCCCCGCCCUCGACAGCUGCUCCUCACCAACACCUUUGCUCUGCUGGUGGACCGCACCAAGAUCAAGCAGAAGAUUGACUACGCUUCUCUCAGAGGAAUCUCAGUGAGCUCUCUCAGUGACGGGAUGCUGGUUCUCCAUGUACCCUGUGAGGACAACAAACAGAAGAGUGAUGCAGUACUGCACUGCAGCCAUGUGAUUGAGCUGGUGACCAAACUAAGCAUGCUGGCAAGGAAGACCAACUGUGUGGAUGUCAGGCCAGGCAGCAUUCGGUUUGCUGUGGCUCGAAACAAGGAAGGGAUCAUUGAUUUUGUCAGAGGCUCCGAGCUGAAGGUGGCCAAAGGCAAAAGAGGACAUCUGCUGGUGGCUGCCCCACGGAUCGCCACUACAUGAAGAAACCAAAAACUACAACCGGCUCAACCGAUCCAAGUUGCUCAGAAGCUGCUUACUUAGUAGACAGGAUAACAACACAGCUUAUGAAGCAACAAUGGAAUCAUAUCUUCAAGCUUACCACCACAGUAUCUUUUGUAUAUUUUAAUUUCAAGACAAUCAUAACCCAGAGUCUUCCCUGUUUGUAAAUGCUUUAUAUCUUUAUUAACACUCAAAAACAACAAGAUUUCUGUAAGAAACACAAAGUAUCUGUAAAACUGCAUGUCUCUGCAAAAGAACUGAAACAAAAACACACAGCAAUAAAUAAUAUUCAAAUAAAUAUUUCAAUAAAUA